AUGGCGGCGUCCUAUUGGCUCGAGGCGGUGUCCGGCGCGGCGGCGGACAUGUCUGGCGCGCUGAAGAGGUGGGGAGCUAGACCCGACGACCACUUCCCCAACAAUGACUUUUUCACCGACGUCGACAACCUCUUUGAUGACAUGGGCGACAGCGUCAACACCAACGCCAACGUCAAUGCUACUGCAGCAACUCAGUACACGUUCGUGUUUGUUCUGUUCAAGAUCCUGCCAGAGUUUCUUCUUCUGAGGAUGGAGUUGAGCAGGAGCGUGACCAUGGAUGUUUCUCUGAGCAUCCCUGCUGCCCGCGGCGUGGGCGACGACACCGACAGGAGGGCGCCUCGAAACUCGCCUUCCUUCAAGAUCGUGCCGCUGCACGACGAGAUGGCCAAGCCAUCCCCCGGCGGCCACGCGACCCUCGGCGCCGAAAGGGCGGCGGUGCUCCUCGUGAAGAAGGUGCUGGCGGAGCUGCUGGGGACGUUCUUGCUCCUCUUCGUCCUGCUGUCGGCGCUGAUCAUGAACGCGACCCACGACGGCGCCCUGGGCCUGCUGGGCGUGGCGGCGACGGCGGGGCUGGCCGUGACGGUGCUCGUGGCGUCGCUGGUCCACAUCUCCGGGGCCCACCUGAACCCGGCGAUAAGCGUCUCCAUGGCCGUGUACGGCUACCUCCCGCGCGCCCACCUCGCGCCCUACAUGGCCGCGCAGUUCCUAGGCGCCAUCGCCGCGUCCUUCGUGGCCAAGGCGGUCUACCACCCGGCGAACCCCGGCGCCAUUGUGGCCACCGUGCCCACGCUCGGCACCGCGGGGACCUUCUUGGUCGAGUUCCUCACCACCUUUGUCCUCCUCUUCGUAAUCGUCGCCCACGCCACCGAUCCCAAGGCGGUGAAGGAGCUGAUAGCAGUGGCAGCCGGGGCAGCAAUCAUGAUGAACGCCCUUAUCUCUGCGGAGUCAACGGGAGCGUCCAUGAAUCCGGCGAGGACGCUGGGGACGGCCAUCGCCACCGGGACGUACACCAAGAUCUGGGUCUACAUGGUGGCGCCGCCGCUCGGAGCCAUCGCCGGGACCGGGGCUUACAUUGCGCUCAAGCACUGA